AUUAAUUUAACAACCAUUUUUAGCCUUCAGAGUUGUUGGAUGGACUCAUCUAUCACAAUGACAAUGUAUUCAACCUCAUUAACUAGUCAUAUAUUGUUCUUUAUAUCCUCUCAGAACAUUUAGUUUUAGUAGGGGUUUUUGUACAUUUUUUCACUAAAUUUACUACAAUGUGGUCUACUUCAACAACUAGGUUUGGUAAAAUUGAUGAAAAUGGUGCUACUGAUGAUGAGGAGGCUCUGCAGUUGGCUGCUGUUUUACAGAGAUCACCUACUAAUGUUCAGGCAAGGACUUCAGUUUUUCGGAACUUUCAAGGAAAGGUUUCACUUUUGGAUGUUGGUAAACUUGGAGAUCAAGAACAGAAAAUGGUGUUAGAUAAGUUGAUUGCCACUGUUACUGAUGAUCAAGAGAUGUUCUUCAAAAGGAUUAGGAAUCGAUUCGAUGUAGUUGCACUGGAAUUUCCCAAAGUAGAGGUUCGGUUUCAGGACCUCAAGGUAGAAGCCUCGGUCCAUGUCGGGAGCAGGGCUUUGCCGACUGUUCCUAAUUUUAUCUUUAACAUGACUGAGGCCUUGUUGGGAAAGCUCGGGAUAUUUCCUGGUAAAAGAAAGAAGUACUCAAUUUUAAACAACAUCAGUGGUAUUGUUAAGCCUUCCAGAUUGACAUUACUUUUGGGUCCUCCAAGCUCCGGAAAGACGACCUUGCUUUUAGCUCUUGCUGGUCGACUUGUUCCUGGUUUGAAGAUGUCAGGCGAAAUCAAUUAUAAUGGGCAUAAACUAAAUGAGUUUGUGGCCCAAAGGACUUCUGCGUAUGUUAGUCAACGGGACUGGCACAUUGCAGAGAUGACAGUGAGGGAGACUCUUGAACUUUCAGGGAAGUGUCAAGGAUUUGGAUUCAAGCAAGAUAUGCUAAUGGAACUUUUGAGAAGAGAGAAGGAUCUGGGAAUUGAACCUGAUGAUAAUCUUGAUAUUUUUGUUAAGUCAGUAGCACUGGGAGACCAGAGAACAAGUCUUGUUGUUGAAUACAUCAUGAAGAUGCUAGGAUUAGAUAUGUGUGCUGAUACAUUGGUGGGUGAUGAGAUGCGGAAAGGAAUAUCUGGGGGACAAAUGAAGCGACUCACAACAGGAGAAAUGCUAAUGGGUGCAUCCAGAGUUCUCUUUAUGGAUGAAAUUUCAACUGGACUAGAUAGCUCAACCACACAUCAAAUUAUAAAGUAUCUCAGGCAUGCAACUCAAGCUCUAGAUGGGACCACAGUCAUCUCUCUGUUGCAACCAGAUCCUGAAACUUAUGAGUUAUUUGAUGAUAUCAUCCUUUUAAGUGAAGGACAAAUUGUAUAUCAAGGUCCCCGAGAAACUGCACUUGAUUUCUUUGCAUUUAUGGGCUUCCAUUGCCCAUACAGGAAAAACGUGGCAGAUUUUUUGCAGGAAGUGAUAUCAGAAAAGGAUCAACAACAAUAUUGGGUCCUUAACAGGCAAUACCAGUACAUAACUGUAGCAAAAUUUGUUGAAGCAUUUCAAACAUAUUGGCUUGGAAAUGCUCUGUCGCAAGAACUUGCUGUACAAUUUGAUAAGUCCUAUAAUCAUCCGGCAGUCCUGUCUACUAGUAACUAUGGUGUAAAGAAGGCAGAGCUUCUAAAGAUCAGUUUUUCCUGGCAGCUGCUACUACUGAAACGGAACUCAUUUGUUCACAUUUUCAAAUUUUUCCAGCUUCUACUGAUCAUUAUUAUCAUGGUAAGUGUAUUUUUUCGGACAACUAUGCACCAUGAUACACUGGAUGACGGAGGUGUUUAUCUUGGUGCUAUUUACUUCUCCAUAGUAAUGAUUCUCUUCAACGGAUUCAUGGAGGUCCCUAUGUUGAUAGCUAAGCUUCCUAUCUUGUACAAACACAGAGACUUACGCUUCUAUCCAUGUUGGGUGUACACAAUUCCUUCUUGGAUUUUAAGUAUUCCAUUUUCUUUGUUAGAGUCUGGCAUGUGGGUAGGAGUUACAUACUACGCGGUUGGGUUUGAUCCUCAAAUAAGCAGAUGCCUACGCCAGUUUUUGUUGUAUUUCUCUUUGCACCAGAUGUCCAUUGGUCUUUUCCGUGUGAUGGCAUCUUUAGGGAGGAAUCUGAUAGUUGCUAACACGUUUGGAUCGUUUGCAAUGCUGAUUGUUAUGGCUCUAGGAGGAUUUGUGCUUUCAAGAGAUAGUAUCCCAGAUUGGUGGCUCUGGGGUUACUGGUUUUCUCCUCUGAUGUAUGCACAAAACGCCGCUUCUGUUAAUGAAUUUCUUGGACAUUCUUGGAUUAAGAAUGCUGGGAACAGCACAAGUGAAUCUCUGGGAGGGAUGCUACUGAAAGCACGCAGUUUGUUUCCAGAGAGUUAUUGGUACUGGAUUGGAGUCGGUGCUUUGCUGGGCUAUGCUCUCUUGUUCAACAUCCUCUACACCUUGUUUUUGGCCUACCUUAACCCACUCGGAAAUCAGCAAGUGGUUAUAUGUAAGAAAGAGGCUGAAGUAGGAGACAGUAAAAUGGAGGGUGAAUCUGAAGUUAUUGAAUUACGCGAAUAUCUGCAACAUUCACACUCCUUUGCUGGUAAAAAAGUUAAAGACCAAAGAAGAAUGGUACUUCCAUUUCAACCGCUUUCCAUGUCUUUCAGAAACAUAAGCUAUUAUGUGGACGUCCCUCUGGAACUAAAGCAACAAGGAAUCGUACAAGACAGGUUGCAGCUGUUGGUGAAUGUUACAGGAGCAUUUAGGCCUGGCUUGCUUACUGCAUUAGUUGGGGUCAGCGGUGCUGGUAAAACGACUUUGAUGGACGUAUUGGCUGGUAGAAAAACGGGGGGAUAUAUUGAAGGGAGCAUAUAUAUUUCUGGGUAUCCUAAAAAACAAGAAACAUUUGCCAGAGUUUCUGGAUAUUGUGAGCAAAAUGAUGUUCACUCCCCAUGUUUGACUGUGCAUGAGUCACUUCUUUUUUCUGCUUGGCUUCGGUUGCCUUCUCAUGUCGACUCAAAAACUCAAAAGGAUUUUGUGGAAGAGGUCAUGGAACUAGUUGAACUUACUCCCUUGGGUGGAGCUUUGGUGGGUAUUCCUGGGGUGGAUGGGUUGUCAACAGAGCAACGAAAGAGACUGACUAUUGCAGUUGAACUUGUUGCUAAUCCAUCAAUUGUAUUCAUGGAUGAGCCUACUUCAGGAUUGGAUGCCAGGGCAGCUGCAAUUGUGAUGAGAACUGUGAGAAACAUUGUGAACACUGGACGAACAAUUGUCUGCACUAUUCACCAGCCCAGCAUUGACAUUUUUGAAUCUUUUGAUGAGCUCCUACUGAUGAAGCGUGGUGGACAGCUCAUAUAUGCUGGUCCUCUUGGAAACAAUUCUCACAAGCUUGUUCAGUUCUUUGAGGCAGUUGAAGGAGUUUCUCCCAUAAGGCCUGGUUGUAACCCUGCUGCUUGGAUUCUGGAGGUCACUUCUUCAGCUGAAGAAAUACGCCUUGGCUUGGACUUUGCAGAAGUUUAUCACAGAUCAGAGUUAUUCCAGCAAAACAAAAGACUGGUUGACCGUUUAUGCAAGCCGGAUAGAGAUUCAAUUGACCUGAACUUCCCCUCAAAAUAUUCACUAUCAUUCUUUGGCCAGUUUGUCACUUGUAUCUGGAAACAAAAUCUGUCAUACUGGAGAAAUCCGCAAUACACUGCUGUCCGUUUCUUCUACACAGUCAUCAUAUCACUCAUGUUUGGGACAAUAUGCUGGAGAUUCGGCUCCAGAAGGGAAUCACAACAGGAUAUAUUCAAUGCAAUGGGGUCAAUGUAUGCUGCAGUGCUUUUUAUCGGAAUCACAAAUGCUUCCUCUGUUCAACCUGUAGUCUAUGUUGAAAGGUCUGUCUCAUAUAGAGAAAGAGCAGCUGGAAUGUAUUCUGCACUACCAUUUGCAUUUGCUCAGAUUGCAAUAGAGUUCCCCUAUGUCUAUGUUCAGUCAGUUAUUUACAGCAUCAUCUUCUACUCUAUGGCGUCUUUCGAGCAGAACCUUCUGAAGUUUGUUUGGUACAUUUACUUCAUGUACUUCACCUUACUAUACUUCACUUUCUUUGGGAUGAUGACCAUUUCUGUCACGCCAAACCAAAACAUUGCUGCCAUAGUUGCUGCACCUUUCUAUAUGAUGUGGAAUCUUUUCAGUGGAUUCAUGAUUGCUCGCAAGAGACUUCCAAUAUACUGGAGUUGGUACUACUGGGGAAAUCCGGUAGCUUGGAGUUUGUACGGCCUAUUAGUAUCCCAAUACGGAGACGUGGAUGCACAGGUAAAGCUAGCAGGUGGUGCUCAAACAAUGGCUAUAAAGCAGUUGCUGAAAGAACAGUUUGGAUACAGGCAUGAUCUUUUAGGUCCUGCUGCCAUUGCCGUGGUCAGCUUCUGUUUGCUCUUCGCUCUGACAUUUGCUUUCGCCAUCAAAACCUUAAACUUUCAGACAAGAUGAUGGCGCAACUUAAGAAGCAAACAGAAAAGGCAAGUCCUCUCUAUGAAUCAUGGGAUAUACAAGGAACUAUGCAUGCAGCCAUGCAUGCAUGCAGUUAACUGCUAAUAAUGGUGAAUGUGAAAAUAAGAUCAGUCGUUUCGAAGAACCUAUGUAUUUGUAUGAUUCAGCAAAGCUUUAUGAUUUAGCAAAAAUUAUAAAAAAUAUGA